UAGUUCGGUGUUCGACUACGGUUGUAAUGAAACUGAUGCCUUCCGCUGGCGGACUGCCACUUUUAUACCCGCACGAGGGGUGCUUUCUUCUUGCCAUUCUUGCUUUUCCUAUUCUUUCGGGGCUUCUGAUUGGUUGCCUGCGUCGAAACAAGCAUAUAAAAGUAGACGUCGAGUUUUCGACCCUCAUUAUUUCGCCUCGUUUCAACGCAUUCGUUUGGAUUGUAAAACAAACUUCACCAUCAUACAAUGGCUCGUACCAAGCAGACUGCCCGUAAGUCUACUGGAGGAAAGGCUCCUCGCAAGCAGCUGGCUACCAAAGCCGCUCGCAAGAGCGCCCCGGCUACCGGAGGAGUCAAGAAGCCCCAUCGUUAUCGGCCAGGAACCGUCGCUCUGCGUGAAAUCCGUCGCUAUCAGAAGUCAACUGAGCUGCUGAUCCGCAAGCUGCCCUUCCAGCGCCUGGUUCGUGAAAUUGCUCAGGACUUCAAGACUGACCUGCGCUUCCAGAGCUCGGCUGUCAUGGCCCUACAGGAAGCUAGCGAGGCCUAUCUGGUCGGUCUUUUCGAAGAUACCAACCUGUGCGCCAUCCACGCCAAGCGUGUCACUAUCAUGCCCAAGGACAUUCAGCUGGCUCGCCGUAUCCGUGGAGAACGUGCCUAAAUUUGGUCUACGUUAGUUACCAUUCUAAAAAACGGCCCUUUUCAGGGCCACUA